UAACUUUAUUUGUGGGCUCAUAACAUGACUCCUAACGUAAAGAAUCAUAUUAUCUAAUAUUUAGCAUGAUUACUGUUUUGCUCCAAUCGUGUCUUUACCCCUGUCUGUAUACCCUGCAGACGCUAAGUUGAAAGAAUAAAGUGUUGUUGUUGUUUUUUUUAAUCCUUACAAAGAAUGUUUUCCUCUCUCUCCCUCAGGGCAGUGGUACACGUGCAGGUUGGCGAUGUGAACGAGUUCUCCCCUGUAUUCAGCAGUGCUGUGUAUUCAGGCUCUGUGCAGGAGGGCAGAGUGUGUGACAGCAUCCUGCAGGUUGACGCCACAGACCGAGACUGUUCGCCUCAAUACAGCCAGAUCUGCAACUACCAGAUCGUCACAGAGAACGCACCAUUCGCUAUCGACCGUAACGGCAACAUCAGGAACACAGAGAGCCUGAGCUUCGACACCCAGCCGCACUAUGAGAUCAGUGUGACAGCUUUUGACUGCGGGCAGAAAAGAGCGACACGGAGCGCGACUGUACACAUUCACGUCAAACCCAUCUGCAAACCCGGCUGGCAAGGCUGGAGUAAACGUGUGGACUAUGAGCCAGGUAUGGGUAGUAAACCACUCUUUCCCAAAAUGCACCUGGAGACGUGUGAGGGCACUGUGUCAUUGGUAAGGACCACUGUUGAGCUACAGACCGGUCAUAUCGGGAAAGGCUGCGAUCGAGAGACCUACUCAGAGAAAUCUCUGCAGAAACUCUGUGGUGAGUUUAAUGAGUUGGUUUGCGUUAAUAUGUAUGCUGCUGAUAGGAAACUAGCCUGGAUUUCACACGGCUUUUACCCCGGUGAUGAACACAGUUCACAAUUGCACUAUUUCUUAGACAGUACUAGUUUGCAGAUGGUUUGAAGCAGUCAGGGUUGAUGAUUGGCACAGAAAAUUGAGACGUGUUCAUGGCAGAACAUCUUUUUCUUCAGUGCAGUCACAGAGAGUCAGAGUGUAUCAGACAUGUCUGGAUUUUUUAUUUUUUUUUUUUGGUCAAGAACAAUUCAUAUCUGAAGGGAAAAUCGGAAUAGCCGAUAAAAAUUGAGAGGGCAAAAACCGUAAAAUACAGGAAGCCUCGAGAAAAAUCAAUUGAGAAAAAUGGCAUUUGUGGCUGCAGUCAAGUUCCCCAGUGGAGGGCAAACUAAGUGAGUUGUCGAAGGAGAAUGAUGAAAUAGGAAUACAAAACUGAGUUGCAAAAGCUUUGGACCAACCAAUAAGACGUCCAUGUUUGCUUUGAUAACAUCAUCUUCCAGUAAUAAUAGUGUUACAGGAGUACUGGAAUACAAAGCAUA